UGGUGUAAUAGUGGCCUCAUCAUCAUAAUAAACAGUGAGUGAUUCUGGAGGUUCUAGCAUGGAGCAGGUGAUCAAGCGGGAGCUGGGCUGCAGCACGGUGAAGGCUGUGGGUUCCUCCGGGGGAGGAUGCAUCAGUGAGGGCCAGAGCUACAGCACAGACUCCGGUACCGUGUUCGCCAAGAUCAACCACAAGAGCCAGGCCCGCUGCAUGUUCGACGGAGAGAAAGCCAGCUUGGAGGCGAUCCUGGCCACAAACACGAUCCGAGUGCCGAAACCGAUGAAGGUGGUGGAUCUGGACUCGGGAGGAGCUGUGUUCAUCAUGGAGCACAUCGAUAUGAAAUCCUUAAACAGGUACUCAGCUCAGUUGGGGCAGCAGCUAGCGGAUCUGCACCUCCAUAAUAAACGACAGAAAGAGAAACAGGACAAGGACGAGCAAACUGUCGGAAAAGGAACCGGCCAGUCUGAAGUUCCGGUUAUUGACAAGUUCGGGUUCCAUGUCAAAACCUGCUGUGGUUACAUCCCUCAGGUGAACGACUGGCAGGACGACUGGGUGUCAUUUUACACCCAGCAAAGACUUCAGCACCAGCUGGGGUUAGUGGAGCAGACGUACGGAGACCGAGAGGCCAAGGAAUUAUGGGCCAGCCUCCAGCUGAAGAUCUCUCAGCUGUUCGCUGGCGUGGACGUCGUCCCGGCGCUGCUUCACGGUGACCUCUGGAGCGGCAACGUCGCAGAAUACUCCACCGGCCCAGUCAUCUUCGACCCGGCCUCGUUUUACGGCCACGCCGAGUUCGAGCUGGGGAUCGCAGGGAUGUUCGGUGGCUUCGGGAAACACUUCUACAGCGCCUACCACGAGAAGAUCCCCAAGGCUCCGGGGUUCGAGAAGAGACACCAGCUGUACCAGCUGUUCCACUACCUGAACCACUGGAACCACUUUGGUACCGGGUACAGGGGCUCGGCCCUGCGCAUCAUGAAGGAGCUUUCGAAGUAAAAUCCAUUUCAAGGGUUGAGAAUGUCUCAUAACAGGUUGGAUAAAUAUCUAGCGGAUGCUAGGUGAUCGAUUUGUUCUGACCGAAAGGUCAUUAAGUGACGAAUAAACCAUUGUGUCAUGCGGUUACGAGAAAAUCAACAGCGACGUAGUGUGAUGAAACGGAGUCGAUUCAUUUUCUCCAAGUGUUUAAUUAUCACAGCAGUUUAGCAGCGACUACACUAAUUUAUUAACGAAUGAGCCUCACCAGCUUUGCUUCUUCUCUUGAGGUUAAUAAGACCCCCCCAAAAAAAAAAAGUUACAGAAAAACCGCAAAUAGUGUUACCCUGUUACAAAACACUGACACUGGAUAUUCAGUAUUUCUCCAGCCAUUAUAUUUGGGGACGGACAGACACACACAAAAAAAAGUGCAGGCACUAGGACCACACAAAGAAAAAGAGUGCCUGCUCAAAAACAGGAGAUGGUGCAGGCACUAGGACCAUGCAGAAACAUUCCCUGCUCAAGCUUCACUCUCCUCUCGUGUGCUUACAAACGAUUCAAACAAUAGAUAGUUUUCACUGACGUCAUGGCAUUCCGGGGAACGCCCCCCAGCUGCCAUCUUGGAGGGCAAACAAAACGGACCAUCGCCACUACCGGCUACGUUAUCUCAGACGAAUUUAUGAAGUUAUAUAGUCAGUUUUCUAAAAUAAAGAUCAAUGUCAGCAAAAUCAAGCAAACAGAAGUAUAUAGAUACAUUAGACGACAUCUCACGACAACGGUAUGCAGCCAAACUGGCCUUGAUUGGGGGAAUUGACCCCUACGAAGUGGACAAAGAUGCAUUUUCAAGUGACUAUGCAGGGCUGCCAAAGCCUGAAACUGCCAAAGCCUGCUCCGAAGCCUGAAACUGACUUCAUCAAACUUUAAAGGCUGUCUGAUAUAUACAACUUUAUAUAUUCACAGCGCGCCUUUUGGCGGAUGCCGCCUGAAUCGCGCAGAUCCGGGGGGUUUUUUUUAGGGGGGGCGUUGG